AUGAGCCUUGAAGGUAAGAGAGAUCGCGGCAGCAUUUCUGAAGCUGACGACCAUCUGUUAAAGGCAAUCAUCGGAGACGAUCCGCUUAAAACAACACGAGACGUUGCCCAAGAGCAGUCGUUUAUCAUUCAACAGUCAACCGCCAUUUGGAAAAAAAAUGGAAAAGUGAAAAAGUUGAACAAGUGUAAUCCACUACAGCUGUAUGGAACCUGGCGAGACCAUCACCGCAGCGAAGUACUGCAAAGAACUGGACGGAAUGCACAGGAAGCUCCAACUUUUUUGAUCGGUGUUAGUGAACAGAAAGGCCCCGACUCUCCUACACGACAAUCCUCGGCCGCACAUUUCAAAGGUAACAUGCUCGGACCACUAUUGCUGUCCGUUGCGGCUUUUGUACCCGUUCUCUCGUCAAUAAUCUCAUCCUCGCAGGACAGUCAACUGAUGAAUUUGCUCGCAUCAACGCGACCUGCUAGCGAAGGUUAUCCGGAAUGGAUACUACAAUCGUCGAGAGCGGUGAAGAAAUACGACAGAAAUUGUUUCUUCAGCCCCGUCCAAUGUAUGUUGAGCUUCAAUCAAGGACAGGAACAGCCAAUCGUCUUCACUUCUAAGGGGAAACGUCUAUUCUACUAUAGAAAGUGA